AUGCUCGCAGCCUCCAUGCCCCCCGUAUUGUCGCAUCUUCAUCCGUCCUCCGAUGCCAGACCGCAGUCGUGCCAAACAGCAGUCAAUUCCACAAAUAUGUCCUGCGGCGGCGUGUCAUCAACCGCUGCGGGUGACCGGCGAGCGACCAUUCCAGCAAGACCGAAACUUACCCUUCAGACAAAAUCUCUGCCCAUAACCUUCGGAAGCUCGUCAACAGGGCUGUCUCUCUCUCUAGCAGCCGGUGUCACAGCCUCUCCUACGGUGCGCAACACCUUCAGAAAUGCUUACGAUGUCUCCUGUCCCUCCUCUGCCACUGUAUCCCCUUCCAAAUCUUUCAAUCCGAGGUUCAGCAAACCCUCAUCGCCUUACCCCUCUAGCGCCACGGGGAACCCUUAUCAACAACCCAUUGGGGUAAAGAGCAUCCUUCGAAACUCGCCGUUGGAACCCACAGCUCGACGGCGGUCAAUAUCCGUCGCCACAAACGGGCCCACAGGAGGGCCGAGCUCGCGCAGGGUGUUCUUCCCCGCUGAGAGACGGGUGAGCUAUCGGUAUCCGCUUGAGGAGGAGAUCAAGACCGUGCACUAUGUCGCGCGACACUCCGAUCUCGCAAACGAGGUAAUGCCAGAGCCGAUCACCCGCGACGACCCUAGCUCUGGUUCUGGCGAAGAUUCAGACUCGACCUCUAGCCUGGCAUCAUCUGAUACAAGUUCCUCCGACAAUGACGAUCGCGAUCCUUCUGCCCCUCCGCGCCAGAGGAAGAAGCGGAAACCCGCUGGUGCAGAAAGACAGGUCCGUGCAGUGGCACUAUUGGAUGGACUGGAGGCAGAUCACUAUUCCGGUGCCUCCACUCCUCAGACCCCGCGCCAGCAUCGUGCCAAGCGCCGUUGCGAAUGGAGGUGGACUCUGGGACCCUUGGACAAGCGGAACGAGCUCAUCCAGCUUCCUCAGACGCCAAACGAUGUCGGUUCGACGGUUCUGACGACAGCGACCACAUCAUCUGCAGCCGGGGCAAGCAAGCAGGUCGACAAGGACACUGAGAGUUCGGAAUCCAGUGACUCUGAGAAGGAUUAUACUCCUGCUUCGGCACGCCUCUCCAGCCCGACUUCAUCUGUCGCAUCACACCACGACAAUAUUGAACGAUUUCAAUCGCCCAAGGUUCAUGAGCCGGAGUCCGAACCCCCCCCACUAGUUCUCUAUAAUCAUGGACGCCAUUUUGCAUUUGAUGAUUUGAUUGAUUGA